UCCUCUUUGAUUUACUCGAUUUUCAUGAGCGAGAAAGCGGAUCUGGUCCUUGUCUUGACGUUACCAGACAUGAAAGGAAUAACCAUGUUUCUUCUUGUUGCCUGGUGGAUGGUUCUUGUUCAGUCUCACAUUCUUAUCGAGGAGAAGCCGGAUAGAAACAAUGGUGGGCACGUCGCCCGUCUGUCAGAGCUUCUCCCACCCAUCUCCAUCGUAGAUCUGACCAAGGCGUCAAGAAGGGUGAGCAGACUCGAUGCAGAGAAGAAUAAAUUGGCUAAGAGAAAACUCCUACCCAAAAAGAAGACGCAUCCCCCUCCGCCGGCGAACUGCGUGCCCCUUCAGUCUAGCUGUAAGCCUCCUGUGCCGCCAUGCUGUGAACCUUGUGCCAUAUGUCACUGCCACCUCUUCCAGACUGUCUGCUACUACAAAAUGGUCAACCCAAACUGCUGAGAUACAAUGUAUCUACAAGGACAAAGCAUAAAAAAACGUAUCUACAAGGACAAAGCAUAAAAAAAACGUAUCUACAAGGACAAAGCAUAAAAAAAACGUAUCUACAAGGACAAAGCAUGAAAAAAAUAAAGACGCUUGUAUUUGCUCGUCCAGGGUUUCCUGUGUGAUAACCAAUAUUUUAUUCUGAAAACUGUAAGUCCACUAAUGUAUCUCUCUUAGGGGUGUAUUCACAUUAUCAUACAUAUAUUUAUUUACGACAUUUAAAUCUUAAGGAUUUAUAAUGACUUCAAGCAGUGUUUCCCAACCAGUGUGCCUCCAGCUGUUGCAAAACUACUACUCCCAGCAUGCCCGGGCAGCCAAAGGCUGCUGAGAUGAAGGGAAGUCUUGAUUUACCUUUCAGGGACAAUGUGGAUCCUCUGGAGGAUGCAGAAAGGCCUUUGGAUUUCCAGGCAUGCUGGGAGUUGUUCUGCAAUUGCUGUAGGCCCCCUGGUUGGGAAACACCGACCUACAGGAAAACCUGUAUGGGGAGAAAAAAAGAGAGACCAGAGAGGGCGCCUCGUGUGAUACCGUUGGGUGGUUGAGGGAAAAGGAAGGGAAGUAGGUGCGGGGCUUGCAGGCCCCUUAGGUAGUAACUGCUCACCUUAGAGCAAGUAUUAAACUUGCAUAUCAACCCAAUGCACGGGUUACAAAAUAGCCGGAGCCACUGCUGAGCCUGAGGUUACAGGUGAGGUAAAAACCGUCUCCUGGAGAGAGUAGGUGAUCAUAAAA